CCCCCUGUGGGUGCGUGGUCUUGUGUGUGCAGUGUGAAGAGGAAGUGGCCGUUGGAAAAUAGCAGAUAGCAGAGGGUUGCUUCGGCCACGGAGCCCCCUAUCCACAUACCCCGUACGCCUCAGCCGUGUGCCCCCCCAGGUAAACAUGACAACUGCGGAUAGUGCUCUAAAGCUGGACCCCAGCUUUACUAGCAUGCACAUCAGGAUUUCUUAUGCACGGGCAGGGUUCAGGGAAGAAAGCCAACAAUUCGAUGGCAUCAACUGCCGGGCCUAAGAACUUGUGCUUGACCAUGCACCAACCCUGGGCGUCGCUACUGGUUGCCGGUAUAAAGCGCGUCGAGGGACGAAGCUGGUCAACCGAGCACAGAGGAAUCCUGUGGGUUCAUGCAGCAGCGAAGGAGCCAAACCCUGCGGAGGUUCGCGCGGUGGAGGACCAAUAUCGGUCAAUUUAUGCUGCUGACGGUAACUCAGACAAGCUGUGUCUACCGACAUCAUAUCCAACUUCUUGUCUCCUCGGUUGCGUGGACAUCGUGGGCUGCCUGCCUCAGGCGGAAUUCCAAGCAGCAGAGGACAUCCCCCUGGGUCCAAAGCUUGAGAGUCAGUCAGAAUUCGUUUUUCUCUGUCAAGAUCCAAGGCAGCUUGUUCUACCAUUCAGCUUAUCAGGACAACACAAAUUGUGGAGGCUGGACAAGCCCACCAGGGAGGCGGCCGAAGCGGGGUUGGGACCUAUUGUUCACGGACCGUCUCCAGCCGUCUUCCGUUCUUGCUAGAAGAUGAUUGAAGCGCAGUGGAGUACCCGAAUACAUCGAUCUCGAUUGCUUGGUUCCAUCGAGUAGCUUGCGUCUUGGUCGACGGUCCCGAACAUUCCGGAUCAUUUGCCAGCGCUGCAACGCGAGGAAGGCGCCCCUUUUUCGUUCUUUGAGGGUGGCUUGAGCUGUUGUUGCUGCGAUUCUUACUCCGAGAGUUGCGGCUGUGUUUCUCCUGCUACUAUAUUUGCUGCCUUCGCAAAAACCUUCGCCUUGGAAUUUCGAUUAUAAGUAGGUUUGGUCUGAUCCCUGGACGGGAGUCAACUUCCUUCUCGUGGGUCUCGUAGCUCAGACACUAUACUGUCUGCCUAGUAGUAGUUGGGGCCCUCCGUGUUGCCUGACCGCCCACAUCUUGGAUUUUUGGCGUGAAGGGCUGUCUGCCUGGUUCACGAUGAACCCGACAGAGAGGACGGGCGUUUUGAAAGGUGUGAAAGGUGAAGUGUACUGCAGGAUGUGCGCGGUUGAAUCAUAGAGCCCAGGCCAAACCUCCAGGACGUUACACGAAAGGUGUGAAAGGUGAAGUGUACUACAGGAUGUGCGCGGUUGAAUCAUAGAGCCCAGGCCAAACCUCCAGGACGUUA